UGACAUUUAUUUCUCUAGUAACAGUCGCAACUGUUUUGCCUUUUAAUUAUUAUAUCAAGAUUUAAACUACACGUUUCAUUGCAGUUAAUAAUAAUAAAAUCAAGGAAAACAGUAAUUUAAGCAAUCAAAUUAAGUUUUAAUGAAACCGUUUUGUAUUGAAUUUAGUUUACCCCGCUAGUCUUAAAAUGGCAGGCAAUUUUUGGCAAAGUUCGCACCAUCAACAGUGGAUACUUGAUAAACAAGAUUUGAUAAGAGAUCGGCAACAUGAUCUUGCUAUAUUGACGGAAGAAGAGUAUCAGAAGAUAUUUAAUUUUUUCGCUAGCAUAAUACAAAUCCUCGGAGAGCAAUUGAAGCUUCGUCAACAGGUGAUCGCCACGGCGACAGUGUAUUUCAAGAGGUUUUACGCCAAGAAUUCUCUUAAAUGUAUUGAUCCUUUGCUAUUAGCCCCAACAUGUGUAUUCUUAGCGUCAAAAGUAGAAGAGUUUGGCGUUAUUUCGAACUCUCGUCUUAUCACCACUUGCCAAACUGUAAUUAAAAACAAGUUCAACUAUGCAUACGGCCAGCAGGAAUUUCCGUACAGAACAAAUCACAUUUUGGAAUGUGAAUUCUAUUUACUAGAGAAUCUGGAUUGCUGCCUUAUAGUCUACCAACCAUACAGGCCAUUGCUGCUUUUUGUCCAAGAUAUAGGACAAGAUGAUCAACUGCUUACUUAUGCUUGGCGCGUAGUUAACGAUUCACUCAGAACGGACGUGAGCUUGCUUUACCCACCAUACCAGAUUGCAAUUGCAGCCCUUCAUAUUGCCUGCGUCAUGUUGGGAAAAGAGAACCUCAAACCUUGGUUUGCAGAGUUGAAUGUUGACUUGGAUAAGAUUCAGGAAAUUGUCAGGUCCAUUAUCAAUUUGUAUGAAAUGUGGAAAAGCUAUGAUGAAAAAAAGGAGAUCCAGAGUUUACUUGGAAAGAUGCCUAAACCAAAGCCGGCUCCACAGAGAUAAUAUCUACAAUAGAUACAACCAUAUUUUAUCAUAUGACUUUAGAUCCACUGAUGAAGGAAGCCAGUGAAUUAGUGAAAUAAUACUUUGAAUGAAAUGAACACUUUAGUGAUGCAUAGUAUUUGAUCAGCGUUGGCAUAGUUAUUUGGUUUAUGGGAAAAAAUUGUGUUAUUCCUAACUGUUACCAUUUGAUUUUAUUCCCAUUUGAUCCCAUUGGUGACAGAUGAGCAUGAAAUUACUAGUUGUAACAUGUGGAAAUGAAUUGUUGGUAACAUGCAGGAAUAACCUAAAACUAUGAUAUAAAGAACUUUCACACUAAUUAAUGUUUAUUCAGGAUAUGUAGGGUACUUAGGUUAAGUGCUUGUCUGGAUCAAAGUAACCAUGAGAAAAGAUGCAUGCUUCAUCUAUGUUUAGCAGCAGUUACAUUUGUGGAUAGUUCAGUUGCGAUGAGGUAUGUUUGAGCUGAUUUUUGGUAUUUUCAAUUCAAUUUUAAUGGAAUUCUGUGAGGACUCUGUGAGGCUUAGGUAAAAGAUUGCUUACCUUUUUUGCUUAUCCUUAUCCUUUGCAAAAACUAUGUUUUACGAAAACAAAAUAGUAAAUCAUUUUAAUUGGGUACUUUAAAAUAAAUUAUAAAAGUUCUAAUUACACCUUUAUUGCAAUAAUCAAAAAUCUGUGACACGAAUGAAAAUUUUCGGGUUCCUCAUGAGCAUGUUGUAUGGUUAAUUUGUUUGCAUAAAUUUUGUUUCUUAGUAAAUUAUAUCAAAAACUACAAAUCAACAUAUCAUUGUGUAUAUUGCACCUUAAAGCAUUUUAUGGUUUCUUUAGAAGGCAGAAAUUUGAAUUUCUUUAUAUCCAUAAAUAGUGCAUAUAUAUUAAUUAAAAUAUGAAAUCCAUUGUACAUUGCAUGAGCUACUGACUGCAAAAAUCAUAUAUAAUUGGUACUGCUAUAUGAUACUUGAAAUAAAUAUCUAACUUGAUAUAUAAUUUAAAUCAAUUGGCUUUUAGUAAAAAUAAUUUUACAGUUUUAUUAUUUGUGUUAAUCUAGAAUACAUUGAUAUAACAAUUGCAAUGAUCAAUAUAUUUUUACGUUUAAUUUAGGUAAACAUUUAUUUGUGAAGUAACCACCACAUUUUAUUAUGAUUUAAUAGACCUCUCAAAGUUUUUAGCAGCCAAACAUUUCCAACUGUAAAUUAGAGCGAAAAAUAUUAUAUAAUAGUAUUAGUAGGUAGUUUAAAUUUAGUAAUUAUUAAGAUAUCAAAUCAAGAUGUAUUGUUUAAAUUAAUCAAUUGAUAAGUGGAGCGAGUAUAACAUUAUAAAUACUUUGAAAUUAUAAAAUUUCUAAUCUGGUAAAAAUGGGGUAUAGACACAUAAAGCAAUGUCGCGCUGCUAGUUAUGAAGCUGUGACUUGUACACCACUAUAAGUAGUUCCUUUUUUUUAGCAUUAGAAAAAAAAAGGUGAGCAAUCUUGUGUUUGUGUCCAAUAGUUACUGGUUUUAAAAAAGCGUUUUUAAUUAAAAGACACGUCAAGAUCGCGUAGUCUUUUUCUAAUGCUAAAAAACUAACUAUAAGAUUAACCAGAUCGUCUAGUCCAUACUUGAAGUCGUGCGUGAGAACGUAACUCAUGCUAGCAGGUCAGAUCGUAUUUAUAGACGGUCAAACAAAUCUUGUCAGUAGAAAAAGGCGCGAAAUUCAAAUUUUCUAUGAGACGAUAUCCCUUCGCGCCUACAUUUUUCAAAUUUGCCGCCUUUUUCUACUGACAAGAUCUGCUUGACCAACUAUAUUUUAUCGUAGGGUCAUUGCGUCAGUUGACCGUCCAGUGCAUGUUUCCGUCCACUUGGCGUAGUUGCCACAAAGAAUUGUGUAUAAUUUCAAGGUAUAUAAUAAAAUUAUACACAAUUCUUGUGUGAACUACGCCAAGUGGACGGAACCAGGCACUGGACGGUGAACUGACGCAAUGUCCCUAGAUGUAUCUUCUAACUCCUAGAAACUAUUGUUUUGGAAGGAACCUUGACUUAUUUGAAUAAAAGUAAGUAAAAUUAAGUUUUGGUAAAGGCACUUGUGUCUCACUUGUAUUCGAUGUCCACAAACUAUACCUACUCAACAUAAUACGUAUACAUAGUUUUAUAAAAACCUGUAUGUUAGUUUCGUAAGGAAAAAUGUAUCUGACAAAGUCCAGGUGGACUGGUCAGCUCUACGAAGUGAAAGUGUUAUGUAAUAAAAUAGCCAAUGAAUUAGUAGGGACUACGUACUAGGGAUAUAUUUACUAGCCUACCCUUAUCUAUCAAUUUAUUUUAAAGUUCCUCCCAGUUAGACACACUUAACGAAACAAUAAAUGGGUCACGAGAUCGGACAAUCAACAAACGGACGCACAAUGGAUAGAGACGAUCUGACGAUGGCGCCUCCCGGUGAUAUGUGGGUGCCUGGGUGGUGGGUGGGUGCGCCAUGGGAUGAUGGGAACGGGACAUAGUUUCAUUUAUCAUUACCAUUUUCAUAAUGUAAUUAUAUUUUAUCACUUGAAUAUGUGUUAGCGAGGGUAGCGAAAAUAAAUAUCGUUUUGAUCAUCCAAAGAAUCGAAACUGCAUGAGUUAAUUGUACAUAUGAAUGUGGAAUAUUUUGACUAGCGGUAUUUUAAUAUCAACCGAAAUGAAUUAACUGCAUGAUAUUUCUAAAACAGCCAUGUUUAUUUAAAUAAAUGAAUUUUUCAAUUAUACAAUUCUGCCUUUUUAUGUCGUUUUCAACCAUUAUCAUCUUUUUCUAUGCAAUUGUCAUUUUAAGUUCCAUAAUUAAAUACUUGGUCUGAACAUGCGAAAGCUAAUAUGAGAGCUUUUAACUGAAUGGCAUAACCGUAUAUGGCUGUUAGCCGUUGCUAAAACUUAGAAUAGUUCGUCUAGUUCCACACAACAUUUUGUUUAUUCUAAUAAAUUUUAGGUACACAUGAACAUAAAAUGACCCAGUAAUGGGAAGCCUAAUAGUUUUUAAUCUAGUUUAUUUUGAUCGUAUAAUAAAAUUGCAUAAGACUUAUUGCUGAAAAAAUGUACCUACUUGUCAAGAACGUUGUACAUACCAUAUUGUCCUCUACUACAGCACUGCUGCAUGCAAGGGCUCGAAACAAAAUUGUCAGUAGAUUUGCAGAGCCGUUUGCUUUCCCUAGUAAUAGCCCUUUUCACAUUUGUUAUAUGCCUACCCGUCAAAUAAAAAAUCUUUUUUUUUCUUU